UUGGCGACCACAGUGGGAGAAAAUUGCUGAUCCAUAUGGCAAAUUUUCAAUUCCACAGUACAGCCGUUGGCUUUAUCACGGCAGAAGAAGCUUCCCAACUACGGGCCGAAUUGACAGCAGGUUUUACAGCAUGUUUUCGGCAAAUGUACGACCAGCAGAUAGCAAAUCUGCAGGCAAUACAUGACGCAAUGCAAAACUUGAUGGAGCAAUCAAAAUUCAUGUUGAAUUCGGUUCCUGCACCGCCAGAAAUGUCAUGCCCCCAAACGGACAACGCCAUUCCUGAGCAUAUACCCAGUCAGACAGACUGGAAACAGGACCAAACAGGAGGACAGGCCCGACCAGGGACGACCGAAUGGACGGAGACAGGUCGGCAGGAUCACGACGCCUGGACGGACCAUGGUCGGGAAGACCACACCGACUGUACGGACCAUGGUCGGGAGGACCACACCGAAUGGACGGACCGUAGUCGGGACAACCACACCGACUGGAUGGACAAAGGUCGGGAGGACCACGCCGACUGGACGAAUACAGAUCGGGAAGACCACGUCGACUGGACGGACAAAAAUCGGGAGGACUACGUAACCUGGACGGAUACAGGUCAGGAGGACCCCGCCGAAUGGACGGAUACAGGUCAGGAGGACCCCGCCGAAUGGACGGACACGGGUCAGGUCGCCGACCAUAACUUUUCAGGCAAGCAAAAGAAUGACAGAACAACAGUGGCCGAAAGGAGGAAUAAGUCGGACGGGAGUCUGAAUACAAUGGGUUACCAAUCUGCAGCCGAGCAAUACAAGGGAGGACAGGCCUGA